GAAACGGUGUGUAAUAAUUAAUCCCUUACAGCACACAUCACUUUUCUUCUACUUGUUGUGACACAACUCUUGUUUAAAAUGCCGCUUUUUGAGGGUCUCAGCGUUGGAGUAGAGAAAACAGCCGCCGUCUUUGACAUAGGUGCUGCAUAUACAAAAGUGGGGUUUGCUGGUGAAACGAGUCCAAGAGCAACAAUACCAAGUAAAAUCAAACUCUCCAAGACAGAUAAGGUUGUCCAUAUCUGGGACUACUCCAGUACAGAAGAGCUGUAUGAUGCACUGGUGGAAUUUCUACACCAUGUAUACUUCAGGCACUUGUUGGUGAAUCCAAGAGACCGUCGUGUUGUGGUUUGUGAAUCUAUCUUGUGCCCCACACAGUUCAGACAAACCCUUGCCAAAGUCUUCUUCAAAAGAUAUGAGGUCCCAUCAAUAUUGUUUGCUCCAUCGCAUCUCACCACACUCUUCACACUGGGGAUCAACACAGCACUGGUCCUGGAUGCUGGCUACAAUGAGACAGUGGUUCUUCCAGUCUAUGAAGGCUACCCAAUCAUUAAAGCUGUAGAAUCAUUGCCUCUUGGUGGGAGAGCAAUUCAUGAGAACCUUGAGCGCCAGCUGAAGGAGACAGGGACAAUCAAAGAGAAUGGAGAAGAACAGAAACCUUUGUUAUCUGUUAUGGACAAGAUACCUCCGGAUGUCUUGGAAGAUAUUACCGUGAGGAGCUGCUUUAUGACCAAUAUGGAGAGAGCAACAGCCAUUCAGCAGAGCAUUCUUCAGGCUGAUGAUAGCAAGUGGCCAAGUCCUGCAGCAUCUGUUGACUACCCGCUGAAUGGUGGUAGAACCUUGACCAUGGAUGGCAAAUCAAGAGAGGUAGCUUGCGAGGUCCUCUUUGAAAUGGACAAUGAAGAGCAGUCCAUCGCGACACUUGUCCUUGACUCCAUACUCAAGUGUCCGAUCGACAUGCGGAAACCCCUUGCUGACAACCUGGUCUUCAUCGGAGGCACAUCCCUCUUGCCUGGUUUCUCUCAUCGGCUUCUGGCCGAGCUGAAGCUGCUCCUCACUAAGCCAAAGUACAAGCAAUGUUUUGCCAUCACGACCUUCAAAGUGCAUUCACCUCCAGCUCAGGCCAACUUUACAGCAUGGCUAGGAGGAGCCAUAUUUGGGGCUUUGGAGGUCCUGAGCUACCGGUCCUUGUCCCGGGAUGCCUUCCUGCAGACGGAGGUGGUCCCUGACUGGUGCUCUCUAUCUCCAGCGAUCACAGAGGUGGAGCAGUCUGCUGCCAAGGACAAGACACCACUCAAAUCACUAGGAUUACGCAAGGCAGCUGGUGAUGCUAAAGGCACACCAGAAAAAUGAAAUAAUUAUAGAUUAUUCAUGAGACUGCAUAUGGUUUGACUAAUAAAAGCAGGCUGACAACAUCAUAUCGAAAGAACA